AUGGCUUUCAAUGCCAGCGGUGCAAAGGUCAUGUCUCUGGUCCCCGACUCUCCUAGCGACUCUCCUGCUGUCAAGAGACAAAGGACUGCUUCUGGCUACAACUCGAAGAGCAACUCUGCUAGCAACACCGGGGUAUACAACUCUGACAAUGACGACGGUGAUGAACUCUUGAAGGAAUAUGUCCCUGAUACGCCUGGCAACACCUACGAGACGCAACCUACGCAAAUCAUUGAUCGAUCUGCGGCACCUCCAUCAAGCCCGCCAGCGCCAGCUACUCCCUCACCCGCCUCUGUCGUACAGGUUCCAGCUUCUUCGCCAUUCACUGGGACGACACCAGUCAGGGGCUGCGACUAUGUGAAGAUCGGUCCAAGUGUUGGUAGCAAUGCUGGUCCCAGGCCAGUGCAGAAUGGUGUUGCUCCAUCCAAGAGACCCUUGGCUUUGGCUAUGGCACCAGCUGGUACAGCAUACAGACCUCCGCAUGGCAUUGUCAAAAAGUCGUCUCCACAAGCCACAAAAGUUAUUAACCUCACCUCUGACGACGAAGACGAUGGACCGAAGUUUCAAGGGGGAAGCUCGUCUGAUGAUGAAGCUCAGGAGCGUGCAAAUAUCAAGCCAACGUCGUUCAUCAAAAGCCCUCAGAGUUCUUUCAAUUCGGCCAGCGGACAGUCCCCUACCGCAGUCAACGGCAAUGCCAGAUUCCAGAACGUUGUUUCGAACGCUGCAUAUAAGGGCCCCGAUCAAGGGAAGGUCUUCACCAAACCACGUCCUUCAUCAACCUCGAGCGGAGGCGCCAAGAAGCCGACCCAGAUGAGACCAGAAAGAGCUCAGCCAAUCCAAGAUAUCUCUCUGGACGAUAUACCUGAAUCAAAUAUCCGUGACAAUAUUGUGAACAUCCGAAAGAUACUACCUAUGACGACGAUCCUUACCGCGAGAAAUGCUCUGAUUCAAAGUCAUUACAAUUGGGAGGAGGCGGUAUCGCUUCUUUGCAGUAAAGACCCCGAUCCAGUCGUUAUUUCGGAUGACGAGAUCGAGAGUCCUCAGCCAGCAAAGAAGCCUGAGCCUCAGAUGAAGCGCACCCUCGACGGACCCGCACAAUCGAUCGCAAGCAAAUACUCUUCAACCCAAGCCCUUCCACCGAGAAAGCCAGCUAAUGCAACGCCACCACCACCUAAACCAAGGAAGAGACUCGUCAAAGGACGUCGAAAUCCUUCAUCGCCUGCAAUCCCCGCCAUAUCGUCACCGCUGAAACCUCAGUCACCUCCCAAGUACGAGUCCUACGACUCAGACUCUGGUGUUGCAUCAGAAACUGAGGAAGAUCCUGAACUUGAAGGCCGUGUGUUGAAGUUCUUGAAUACCUGCAAGGUGGAUGAUCUGGUAGAGCUCACUAAUACUACCAAAGCUACUGCUGAAGCAAUGGUUGCUGCUCGACCCUUCAGAAACCUGGCUGUAGCGAGAGCUGUUGAAAACACGAAGCCAACCAAAAGUGGAAAGAAGAGCGCAAGAGCGCCCGUCGGCGAUAGAAUUGUAGAGGCUGUGGAGAAAAUGCUCAAGGGAUAUGAAGGUAUCGACACCCUUGUUAAGAGAUGUGGAGAGCUAGGCAAGCCUUUAGGUGAGGAGAUGGCAAAGUGGGGAUUUGAUGUCUUUGGUGCCCAGAAGGAUGGGGAAUUGGAGAUGACCUCGCUGGAGGACGACAGUGAUCUAUCCCAACGUGAUUCUGGGAUUGGCUCUCCCAGCAGUGGAGCUGCAUCUCACAACAGUGAUGACGAGGUCAAGGUCAGCACGAAGAAGAGAAAUGCUCAAUUUUUGAAGAAGCCGGAGCUGAUGGCUGAAUCUGCCGUACUCAAAGACUACCAGAUUGUCGGACUGAAUUGGUUGGCUUUGAUGUACCGACACGGAUUAAGCUGUAUCCUGGCUGACGAGAUGGGUUUGGGAAAGACUUGCCAGGUCAUCUCCUUCCUGACUCACUUGGUUGAGAUUGGACACACCGGUCCUCAUUUGGUAGUUUGCCCUGGCUCAACAUUGGAGAAUUGGUUUCGAGAGUUUCAGAAGUUUUCUCCGGAUUUGGUGGUUGAACCAUAUCACGGUGCUCAAAGUGCCCGGCCAGGAAUGGCUGAGCGUAUUCUGGAGCAUUCGGACCAAAUCAACGUCGUUAUUACUACGUAUGAUAUGGCGGCGAAGAAGGAAGAUAACAAGUUCAUGAGAAGACUAAAGCCUGAUGUCUGCGUUUAUGACGAAGGACAUAUGUUGAAGAACGUCAACUCCCAGAGGUACCAAGGCUUGAUCAAGAUCCCCGCUCUUUUCAGACUCCUUCUCACCGGCACACCUCUGCAAAACAAUCUUCAAGAGCUAGCAGCGCUUCUAGCAUUUAUCCUUCCUAGUGUUUUCAAGGAAGUAGAGACGGAUUUAAAUUUCAUUUUCAAGGCAAAAGUUACCACUCUGGAUGCGGACCACGCUGCCCUCCUCUCUGCCCAGAGAAUUCAACGAGCGCGGUCUAUGCUCACUCCUUUCGUUUUGCGAAGAAAGAAGGCACAGGUUCUGAAGCAUCUACCUCCAAAGGUCUGUAGGGUCGAGUACUGCUCUCUACAUCCAUCCCAAAAAGGAAUCUACGAUGGUCAUCUCGAUCAGGCCAGGGAGCGAGCUCGUAUUCGAGUCGAGGGUGGGAAGAUUCCUAAGACCGAUGAGAAUAACCCCUUGAUGCAGCUCCGCAAGGCAGCGAUUCACCCACUUCUCUUCCGCCGACACUUCACCGACGAGAAGAUUGAGAAAAUGGCAGAUAUCCUUCGCAAGAAAGACCCUGUUAACUUUCCGGCCUCUAACAAACGUCACUACCUAAUCGAGGAGAUGAGAAAUGCAUCCGACUUCUGGCUUCACCAAUGGUGCCUUGAUUAUCCGUGCAUCCGUUCCUUUGAUAUUCCCGACCGAGCCUGGAUGGACUCGGGCAAAGUCGAGUCAAUGGUAAAGCUGGUAAACACCUACAAAGCGAACGGCGACCGGGUCCUAAUCUUCUCCCAAUUCGCACUCGUACUCGAUAUCCUCGAAUCGGUUUUGAACACCUCCCUCAUCCACUUCACUCGCAUCGACGGUAGCACCAAAAUCGACGAACGGCAAUCCCUCAUCGAUACCUUCCGAGACGAUGAAUCGAUCACUGCCUUCCUGCUCACUACCAAGGCGGGCGGUACGGGUAUCAAUUUGAUGUACGCCAACAAAGUCAUUAUCUUCGACGGCAGCUUCAACCCUCAAGAUGAUCGUCAAGCCGAGAAUCGCGCACAUCGCGUUGGCCAAACCCGAGAUGUGGAAGUCGUUCGGCUAGUCACUAAGGGCACGGUCGAAGAGCAGAUCUUUGCCUUGGGGCAGAGUAAACUGUUGCUUGAUGGGCGUGUGGCGGGUGAUUCCGAGGAUGGGGGGAAGGCCGAGGAAGCAGGUGAGAAGGCGGUAGCGAAGAUGUUGCUUGAGGGAACGGGGAUGAGCUCGUCUGAUGAUGAGGCUAGGGCUGAGGACGCGAAAGAGCGUGUGAAGUCUGGGAACUCGAAGGAUAGUGUGAAGGAAGAGAAAGUUGGGCUGAAGGAAGAGGUCAAGAGCCCAGAGCGAAAGCUGCCACAGCGCAAGAAGAGCAGCAUUCUUGACAUGCUGACGCGUGGGGGAAGCCAAUCUGAGGCGAGGGAGGAGAAAGAGGGGAAGAAGGGGCCGGAGCUGGUGGUGCUUGAUGAGGAGGGAGAUGAGAUGCUCGUCUGA